AUGACAUCAAUGGAAUAUAGAUUCAAACAUUUAGUGUUUGACAUACACCCUAAGAACCCUCCAGAUUGGGACCGUCCUCUUUGUGUAAUUGAUCAGGGGAUUGCGUGUAAUGAUGACUACUUGUUUAAAUACAAUCGCUAUCGAAAGCAUAAGUCUGAGGAAUUUGCUAAUGAGACUCUGAAAAAAUAUAAUUUUAUUGCUGAUCGUUGGGAAACAAUAAAAUGUAAGAAUUUGCCUACAUGUUUUAAGUUAACUUCAAUUUUGCUGUCUGGAAAUGUAAUUAUUAUUCAUGGCGGAAAAGACUUUGAGUACAUUAAUGAAUACUCUUUUCAACUUUUCAUCGGAAAUUUAUCGAAAAAAAAUGAAAACAACUGUGUAGAAUUUGAAGAGAUUUGUUCUACAGAUGGAAUACCUAUUACUGAAUAUGGUCAACCAGUUCAUAUUGAUGGACAAUUUAUAUACUCUCUCAAUGGAACAUCAGAACAUAAAAAUGAAAUGGAUGUUUACAGGCUUGAUUUGUGUACUAAAAAAUGGCAAUUAUUAUGUCAAGCUCAUGGUCAACACCCAAGAACUGAUGAAAGUCUUAGACGUGAAGUGGCCUAUUAUGACAACCAUUUGUACAUGUUUGGUGGUGCUCAUGUGAUGAUUCUACUAAAAAAUAUGUUUCUAGACACAUUUGAAGAAAUACAAGUGUUUGACAUAUUAACUAAUAAAUGGCAAUAUUUUAAAACUUUGCCUGAUCUCCAGAAUUCAUCAUCUUCUUAUCCUGCAGAUCGUUGUUAUUAUGGAUGGGCACAAUGUGUGACCCAACCAGAAUAUGUAUAUAUGAGUGGUGGUUCUGAUAAUUACAACUUUUUCUCAGAUAUAUGGCGACUGAAUCUUAUUACUCUUCAGUGGUGUAAUCUUAUGCCAUGUAAACUACCAAAAUCCAUGUUUCUGCAUUCAUCUACAGUUGUACCAUCGGGUCGCAUUUACUACUAUAAUGGAAUAGUUAGUACUGAUUCAAUUGAUAUACAUCAGAAAGAUGACAUACUGUGUGCAUGGGUUAGAAUCCCAAAGUUAAAGGCAAUGUGUUGGGAUGCCAUGUUAUACUAUUUCAAAAAUCAAAUGUUAAAGUCGUCUCUAGAAGACUUAAAGAAUUUGGGGUUACCAUCAGAGUAUUAUGAGAGCAUAAAUAAAGCCAAAACUUUAGUAUAA